AUGGCCGAGCAUCUGUACAUCGACGAGACUCCGGACGAGGUCAAGAAUGCCCAAGGCCUACACUUGAUCACGCAGAGCACGCCAAAUGGCCAGAAAGUGCAGAUCAUGCUCGAAGAGCUCAAAGAUGCCUACGGUACCUCCUGGUCAACAACGAUCAUCAACAUCAUGACGAACGAGCAAAAGAAGGAGUGGUUCCUGCGCCUCAACCCCAACGGCCGCAUCCCCGUCCUCGUAGACAACAACCAAGACCCGCCGUUUCCGGUGAUGGAAACGUCUGCCGAAUUGCUGUACCUGCUAAAGGUCGCAGACAAGGAGGACCGCUUCGGGUUCAAGGAUGACCUAGAGAGGAGCCAGUGUCUGCAGUGGCUCUUCUUCUGGCACGGCAGUGGUGCGCCCUACCAGGGGCAGGUGAACCACUUCUCGCGGGCAGCACCGGAGAAAAUCGAGUACGCGAUCAAGCGGUUCAAGAACGAGACCCUCCGCGUAUACGGCGUCUUGGAGAUACGCCUUUCCGGCAAAUACACCGGCGAGCCACGCGACUAUCUCGCCGGCAAUGGGAAGGGGAAAUACUCGGUCGCUGAUAUCGGGACUUGGACGUGGGUAAAGGGCUGGGAGAAGACCGGCUUCACGAAGGACGAGAUGGAGCCAUUUCCUCACUUGCUCAAGUGGAUCGACAGAAUUGCUGCCAGGCCAGCAGUCCAGAGGGGUAUUGGUGAAGCCUACAACAUGCAGAAAUAA